GUAGCAUCCACCCAAUAUAUAACCUCGUACUCGUAGCAAAAAAUUGAUCAACUCUUAGCAAAAACGCGUUUUCAGUUUUUAAACUUUUAAUCCAAACACAAGAAAAAUUAAAACUCAAAAAACCAAAAAAAACCCAAAAACACAAACCAAUCAGCGCCCCACACAAAAAACCCCAAAUUAAACUCCCAAAAACUCACAAAAUUCAAAUCGUCUGGAUCUAUCGAUCCCUUCCUUUUUCUUCUUCUUCUUCUUCUUCUCGGCCGCCAUUAUACUAAUGAUGGCCGCGCUCGGAUCCGAUCAGCUGAAGCAGCUAAAGGACAUCUUCAUGCGAUUCGACAUGGACUCCGACGGCAGCCUCACCCAGCUCGAACUCGCCGCCCUCCUCCGCUCCCUCGGCCUCAAGCCCACCGGCGACCAGCUCCACGUCCUCCUCUCCAACAUCGACGCCAACGGCAACGGCGCCAUCGAGUUCGACGAGCUCGUCACCGCCAUCCUCCCCGACAUGAACGAGGAGAUUUUGAUCAACCAGGAGCAGCUCAUGGAGGUCUUCCGGUCAUUCGACCGCGACGGCAACGGCUACAUCACCGCCGCCGAGCUCGCCGGAUCCAUGGCCAAAAUGGGCCACCCCUUGACGUACCGGGAGCUCUCCGAUAUGAUGAGGGAGGCCGACACGAACGGCGACGGCGUCAUUAGCUUCAACGAAUUCGCGACGAUCAUGUCUCGGUCCGCCACUGAUUUUCUCGGGAUUUGAUAGGGUGUGGCGCGGGUAUGAUCGGAUCUGCAUGGUUUGACUUUCCUCGCUGACUUUUAUUUUUAUUAAUUUUUUGUUUUUCGUGUGUGGGAUUUUGUGGGCAUGUCUUUGAUUUCUUGUGGAUGAAGGAAAGAAGAAGGAAGAGGAUCUGCACAGACAAUCAUAUACAUUGAGACAUGCUCUCAAGGCCCUCUUAGUUAAUUAAGAUCAGAAUUACCAACUAAUUAUGAACACAUCUUGUAAAUUUUUUUGUAUAAAUAAUAAUUUGUGUUAUUAGAAA